AUGAAAAAUGGUUUGGAUAUCGUUUCUAUUGAUCUUGGUAUUAAAAAUUUUUCAUAUUGCAAGUUUACUUAUAAAUUAAACGAAAAACCCGAGAUUUAUGAAUGGAACAAGUUGAAUGUUUUAUCACUUGGUGAUAGUUUAUUAAAUGAUUUGAAAUCAAGUAGCGCCAAUGAUAGCCAAGAUGGAAUAAAUACUGAGGUAAUUGAAACCGUAAAAUUGAAUGAUAUUUUUAAUCCUAUAAAUAUUUCAAACAUUGUAUAUACUUUGGUUGAAAAGCUUAUUAUUGGAAACGAUAAACCUGAUGUGAUUUUGAUUGAGAGACAAAGAACAAGAACUUUAAAUAGCAAAGCAGUGUUGGAGUGGACAUUGAGAGUUAAUAUGUUGGAAAGUAUGCUAUAUUCUACUUUAAUGACUCGCUCAAGAUUGUUAUUAAGUAUUAAUAAGGAUAAAAAACUUGGUGUUACAGGAAAUCAAGGAUUGAAUGUUUUGUCAGUAUUUCCGAAGGAUUUGGAUAAAUAUUGGCUCAAUUAUAAAAAUCAUUGUGUUAGUCAACUUCUUGGUCAAGAUGACAAUGAUGGAAAUACGCAAAACCUGAAAAAAUCUAAAAUUUUAAGGCUCAGUUUAAUUCAUGGUUGGUUUCAAAAAUUCAUGAAUAAUACUGAUAUAAAUAAUAUUAAUGUACCAUUUAAAUUUUCAAAUUCAAUAAUGAAAAAUAUGAAUGAAAUUAUUGCUUUAAAUAAACAGUAUGAAGAUAAGAAAAAAUACAGUAUAUCUAAUUAUAUUUAUCAGUUUAAUAAUAUAGUUUCUACUAAACAAAAGUUUGAAAUAGAAAAUUUUUUAGAAAAAAUUGACGAUUCAGAUUCAAUUUCAAAUUCAAAUUCAGAUUUGAAAUUGAAAUUGAAAUCAAAAUUAAAAGAAACAAAAAAGGGGGAUGACUUGUGUGAUUCAUUUUUAUAUGGAUUGAGUUGGAUAGAUUAUCAAAUAAAUAAACAGAAGAUUAGGAAAACUUUAAUAGAUGAGCGAACUAAUUUAAUUGAUACUUUGAAAGAUAUUGAGAAGCAUCAUUUAAGAUAUUUAAAUUAG